CAUAGCAUCUAAAUUAAUCCAAGCACAAACUAAAUCCCAGUUUAAUAACCAUGUUGAAGUACCCCAUUUUUACAUUUUUCUUGUUCCUGCCUUUUCUCUUCUUUGUUUGUCUUAAACCUGCUUCUGCUUCUUUUGCAGAAGCAAAUGCUCUACUGAAAUGGAAAGCCACUUUCAAAAAUGAGAACAAUUCCAUUCUAACUUCGUGGACUCAUCCAAAAGCAAGAGGUAGUCCUUGCAAUUGGUUUGGAGUUAUUUGCAGCAUCGACGGAAGUGUCAACAAGCUGAACCUCACAAAUGCAAAUAUUUAUGCCACCCUCUAUAAGUUUCCAUUCUCGUCUCUCCCAAAUCUUGCUUAUAUCGAUUUCUGCAUCAACCGACUUUUUGGCACCAUUCCACCUCAAAUAGGUAAACUCUCCAAACUCAUCUAUCUUGAUAUAUCCACAAAUCAGCUUACAGGAACCAUCCCAUCAGAAAUAGGCCGAAUAACUGGUCUUCGAACUCUUCAUUUGGUUGAAAAUCAACUUAAUGGCUCGAUUCCUUCCGAAAUAGGACAACUAGUGUCUCUAAGUGAGCUUGCAUUGUACAGUAACAAACUUGAUGGUCCAAUUCCUGUUUCUUUUGGCAAUUUGAGAAACUUGACCUUUUUGUAUCUUUAUAAUAAUUCUCUUUCUGGAUUUAUACCCCCUGAAAUGGGAAAUCUCUCCAAUCUUCUAGAGGUUGACAUGGACACCAACAUGCUGACGGGGCCCAUAGCUCCCACUCUAGGGAACUUGAAUCAGCUGCAAAUUUUGAAUCUUUUCAAAAAUAAACUUUCUGGUUCGAUCCCUCCUGAGUUGGGGAAGCUAAAGUCACUUGAAACCCUGAGUUUAAACUAUAAUAAUCUCACAGGUUUGAUCCCAGCCUCUUUAGGCAAAGCUACGGGUCUAACCACUCUGCACCUCUACGCUAAUAACCUUUCUGGUCCUAUCCCACCAGAGUUGGGGAAUUUGAAAUCUCUCGGUGAACUAGAAUUGAGCGAAAAUAAUCUAACUGGAUCCAUCCCUGCUUCAUUAGGUGACCUGAGCAAUUUAGAAUAUUUGUUCCUUCGUCAGAACCAACUUUCCGGUCCCAUUCCAAGUGAACUAGGAAAACUGAAGAAACUUGUCGUCCUGGAAAUGGAUGAAAAUCAGUUUUCUGGUCAUUUGCCAGAGUUAUGUGGUGGUGGGUUAAUACAAAAUUUUACUGUAGAUAACAAUAGACUUUGGGGUCCAAUCCCCGAAAGCUUGAAAAAUUGCUCCAGUUUAACCAGAGCCCGAUUUGAUCACAACCAGUUUUCUGGGAAUCUGUCGGAAGAAUUCGGUGUCUAUCCAAAUUUGAUGUUCAUGGAUCUAAGUGACAAUAAAUUCUAUGGUGAACUCUCUGACAAUUGGGGUAGUAGCAAACAACUAGAAACACUGAAAAUAGCGAAGAACAACCUUUCAGGGAGCAUUCCUCCAGAAUUUGGAAAUUUAAGUCAAAUAAAAAUACUCGAUCUUUCUUCAAACCAGUUAUGCGGGGGGAUUCCAAAGGAAAUUGGGAAGUUAAUUUUACUUCUGAAAAUUGAUCUGAAGGACAAUCGGCUUUCUGGGGAUAUACCUCAUGAAUUGGGAUCAUUGUCAAGCUUAAAUUACCUAGACCUUUCGAGAAACAGACUGACAGGUCCAAUACCUAAAAAUUUUCCAAAUUCUGAGCAGUUGUUUCACUUGAAUUUGAGCUACAAUUUUUUAAGCCAAACAAUCCCUGUUCAGAUUGGUAAGUUAACUCAUUUGUCUGCAUUGGAUAUGAGCAGUAAUUCACUUACUGGAGAAAUACCAUCUGAAAUAGGAUUUUUGUCAAGCUUGGGAAUGUUAAACCUCUCUCACAAUCACCUCUCUGGAUUCAUUCCUAAGAGUUUUCAAAAAUUGCCUGGCUCGGUGGACAUCGAUAUAUCCUAUAAUGAGUUGGAGGGCCAAAUUCCUAAUGGCAAGCCCUUUCAGAAUGUGUCCAUAGAAAAACUACGAGGGAAUAAAGGGUUGUGCGGUGAUAUUGUAGGAUUGAAACCAUGCAAAGUUCCUCCUCCUGUUGAAAACCACAAGACAGGGAACGGUCUUAAACUCAUUUUGAUAGUUGCAAUUCCCCUUCUUGGGGUACCUCUACUUCUAUUUGCACUCGUUGGCAUCCUGAUCAUGUAUGAUCGCAGAAAGAGGAAUUCAAUAGAUGUAGAAGAUGAUUUGCUUUUCAUAUCAUCUUUUGAUGGAGUAGUCAUGUAUAAAGACAUAUUAGAGGCCACCAAAGAAUUUGAUGCAGCAUUUUGCAUUGGAGAGGGUGGAUGUGGAAGGGUUUACAAGGCGAAGCUUCCAUCACAAGAUAUAGUAGCAGUGAAAAGAAUUCAUUCAUUGUCUGAAAUGGCAAAUCGUAGAGCGUUUUUAAGCGAAAUAAGAGCACUGACAGGAAUCAAGCACCGGAACAUUGUGAAACUUUAUGGUUUCUGCUCAAAUGCUCAACACUCGUUUUUGGUCUAUCAAUACUUUGACAGAGGUAGUCUUGCCAAAACUCUAAGUAUAGAUGAAGAAGCUAAGACAUUGGAUUGGCCGAAAAGGGUAAAUAUUUUGAAGGGUGUGGCUCAUGCUUUGUCUUACAUGCAUCAUAGUUGUUCUCCUCCAAUUGUUCAUCGAGAUAUCUCAAGCAACAACAUUUUGCUUGAUACAGAGUACGAGGCACAUAUUUUAGAUUUUGGAACUGCUAAGUUUUUGAAAUGCGACUCAUCGAAUUUGAGCGCUCUUGCAGGCACAUAUGGUUAUGUUGCACCGGAGCUUGCUUACACAAUGAAAGUGACAGAAAAGUGUGAUGUGUACAGCUUUGGAGUGUUGGCUUUGGAAGUGAUCAAAGGAAAUCGUCCUGGUGACAGUCUCAGACAUGGAGAAUUACAGUUUAAGGAUUUUUUGGAUCCGCGCAUUCUUUAUCCCAACCUCGAAGAAGAGGAGAUUUUGAUGUUCGUUGUUAAACUUGCAACUAAAUGCAUUCACUCUAAUCCACAAUUUCGUCCAACCAUGGACGUUGUUUCUGAUAUGCUUAGUGCAUCCACCACCAUCUCAGUGAUUUCUUAAAAGCAUGAAUUUUGAAAGUUUGCAAAUGAUGCCAAUUGUUUUUAUGUAUUUUUGUUCCUUUGAUGUAUUUCUGCUAUUUCCAAUAAAAUUAGGCAUCAAACUUUUCCUUGUUUAUUGUUUACUAUGAAUAUUGUUAUUUUGUACUAGAAGUAGUGGAUAUGGCAAAACUACCUUGCAGAAAGUCAUAUGAAAUGGAAACACUUUUCCUUUGACUUAUAA